AUGUCGCAUCGAGCGGCGCGUCCGCUUCGGCUGCUGCAGUCCUCCUUGAGCCUCGACUUCGAGCGUGGUGGGGGUCGCACGGCGCCAACGAUUGCGGUGUACAAGCCCUCUGGUCUCCCGUACUUUGCCGCGUCGCAGGUGGCCGCGUGCAGCAGCGGACGUCAGUUAUUCUCCGCCUCGCCAUCCAACACCCCGGCGGUGGAGCCAACGGAUGUCAGUGACUCCCUGCUCAGCCGGAUGACAGACCUGCUUCCGCCCGGAAGCGGCACACCUCGUGUGGUUCUGCCACUCAUUCACCCAGCGUUAUCGCGGUAUGCCACGGCCUCGCAGGUGAAUGCGUUGACGGCACAGCGGAAGGGAACAUCACUUAUUGCCUGUUCACCGCAUGAAUUUAUGUUUCUGCGCAACUGUCACCGACUGCAUCUUAUACGUUCCGUCUACCGUGUGCUGUGCCGUCUUCCUCCUUGCGUGUCUGCUCGCGUACGACGGGCCCUAUCUGAAAGGAGUGCGGCCGAACGAACCACAAAGAGUGCCUUUAAGAACCCUUACGUUCAACAGUUCCUACAGCGCUCCGGUGCCGCCUCGGGUGAGGCGGGAAGCAUCCCUCUUGGAACUGACGUGGACGUUAGUUUGCCUCAGUGUGCCUAUCCACAUCCGUUGCUACAGGGAGGAUUUAUUAGCGUGAAGGAGCGGUGCUUGCUCCCCCACGGCACCGUUUCUGGAUACCUCAGCGAAUACCAACUCCCAUCUGACGUACAGGCGAUUCUGAAGCAGCAGCAGCGACUCAAGGCACUUUUUCUGUCACCCGCCGCGACGCCAACUUCGUCCUCCUCCUUGCCGCAGGCGAUGGAUGCCGCGGCUGGGGGCAGUAACGGUGCAACAGGGUGCGACGUCUGCGGAAGGAAGAGGGACGGCCAGGAGGAGGGCUCGUCGCAUCCAUGGAUUGGGCCGGAGUGCCGCAUGCGCGUUGCACUUGACGUGCGGGUUGCGCCAGAGAAGGAGGUGGCUGGUGCGAUGGAGGAGACGGAGCAGGACAUGGACCACACCUGCUUCUCACACCUGGACAAGAAGCAAGGUGGGCUGCUACAGCAGCGGUGGCGGGGAAGACGUGAUGGGCGUCGGCUUGUGGGGAAGUCGUUUCGGUUUGAUUUUCGGUUGGUCACGCUCAGCGAUGCCUGCGACCUUGCGCUGUAUGAGGUUGCCACCAACAAUGCCUCGGACGAGGAGAUUAGGGCCGCCUUUGCCGCCGCCAACUUCACCGUCGUCAACGACUUUGUGAACGAUAUUGCGCUUGCAGAGGCCAUGCAGGAGGUCGCAAGGGUGCUCCACACGGUGCCGCAGGCAAAACUCGCGGGCUUGCCGAUGGCCGCGCAACACGCGCUGCGUGAGGGAUCUCCCCUGGAGUUGGUUGCCGAGCCACUCCUCGCCACCUCUGCCGCGUCCGCUCUGGAAGUCGCUGCCGAGUCGCAGGCCGAUGGGUUAAAGCAACUGGGGCAGGUGCCGGAGCUCACUGGUAUGCGUGGCCAUCGCUAUCGUCUUCUCUUGGAGGCUCUGAGGAACCUGGAGGAUGAGAAGACAUUCUGUCGUGUCGCCCAGUUGGCGUUGGGUGGUGGCUUGGAAUGCACCGCGCUGCACUUUCCCGACCCACGGCAGGAGGCCAACCUGAGCGCCGUCCAGCACCUUCUCCUGCGAAUGGAGGAGGGAGAUGUGGUAGAGGCGUACUGCAGUCAUGUCGCGGAGCGUAUGUCAUUUGUGAGCCGUGGGGCCACGGUGGACUGCGAGACCUACGAGGCCUUGAUGCACGCCGACGGCGUGCGCUGCCUUCCAUCACAGCGUGACGUGGCGGUGGCGUGGGGCGCCGGGCAUCCCACCGUUGUGCGCAGGGAGGAAUGCGGGGAGUUGGGCUGUGCGUACUGCGGGGCGCGCGGGCACGCCUGGAGCGCCUGCCCCGCGGGUGUCCCGCUGCUACCGAGCGCAGCGGGAGCUGCUGUCGAGGGGGACGCGAAGGGCGGCAAGCGUAUCGCGGACGACGCGCUCUUGACAACCGUCGACGACGUGGCAGCCGCCCUCGAAGAUGCCGCGGGGCAGCAGGGUGAGGCGAACGUCAUUUCAAUCCCCACCGUCGCCCCAACGCAGACGUUUAACCCGCAUGCAUGGCGUCGUUAUCACCAGCGUCCAGCGUUGCACCAGCGUCGCCUGCGAUGUGCGUACUGCAGUGGGCAGCAUCACAUUACGCAGUGCCCGCGGCUCUCCGGCGCUGAGGCGGGCGCCCGCCCGGGAGACACGCUAUUGGACGCGGAGCAGCUUCGUACGAAUGCGGAUAAACUAUUCUGCAUUAAAUGUGGAAAACGUGGCCACUUGUACGACCGAUGUCCGGCCGUGCCGCGGGGCCUGCACACGGCAACGCAUUGCCCCAUAUGUCUGCAGCCUCACCGCAAGAUACAGCACGACCCCGUGCACUGCCCGCGUCGCGUGACGCCCCCACCGGACUACCUCGCAAGUGGCGUUCCCGCAGGUUUCGUGCGAAGUGGCAGAGACAGGCGGAAGUCGGCGGCCCGUCACGGGGGUGGCGCCCUCCUCGCGGACUCCUUUUUAUCACAUACGCAGCAUGCAGGAUGA